ACUUGGGGCUUUUCCGCGUGAAGCCAUGGUAUGUAUGCCGGUCCCUUCAAGGAACAGAAAUUAGAUUCCAUUUGGAAUCCAGAUUAAACAGAGAUGUUUUGUCAUUGGUCGACAGUAAGAAGGUUAAGUUUGAAGAAACUACAAUUGCAGGCAAGAGCAUUAUCUGGUGCUGAUGCUAUAAAUGCUCUGCGACCAUUCUAUUUUGCAGUACAUCCAGAUUUUUUUGGUCAGCAUCCCAGAGAAAGGGAAAUCAAUGAAAAUUCUCUGAAAAGAUUAAAUGGGUAUUUGGAGAAUCUUCAAAAACCAGGUUUUAGAUCAUUUAAACCAACUCAGCUCACUUUUUAUGUACGAGAGAGAGAACAAAGUCCUUCCAGUAUCCAAGAACCAUUUGGUGCUGCAGGAUUUCGAACAGUCAGUUUUACUUUGCACACCAGAGACUUGUUAAGCACAGUGUUAGAUAUCCUGAACUCCUGCAGUUUACCUACGGAUCAUGUUCAAAGCUUGAAUGGCAGUGCAAAUGCUCAGUCUACUCAGGAAACCAAAAGCAUGUUUCACAGGCCUAUUAAAUGGGACAAGACAUACUACUCUUUUACUGGAUUCAAGGAUCCUGAGGAAGAACUGGAGCAAGCCCAGAGGAUGGAAACCACCCUGAGUUCCUGGUUAGAUAAUAAUGAAAAAAAUGCCACGAAGAAGCUAAAGGACAGCUUACCACUCAGAAAAGAAUUAGAUCGUUUGAAAAGUGAACUCUGUCAGAAGUUGCAGCUCUCUGAUAUUAGGUGGCAGAGGAGUUGGGGUAUUGCUCAUCGAUGUAGUCAGUUACAUAGUCUAAGUCGCUUAGCACACCAGAGCCCAGAAGCACCUAAGAAUGCUAAAGGACAAACGGUGAUAUUUACAGACCGUUCAGGAAUGAAUGCAACAGGCUAUGUUAUGCUAGGAACAAUGGACGUUCAUCACCACUGGACCAAAAUUUUUGAGAGGUUGCCAAGUUACUCUACACUUCAAAAAAAAGUGCUGUUUCUAGAGGAGCGCAUUAGCCAACUUUUGGGAGGCAUACAAAUAAUUUAUAUUGAAGAGCUUCAACCAAUGUUGACAAUUGAAGAGUAUUAUUCUAUUCUUGACAACUUUUAUGAUCAAAUACAUAAUAAGAGACUUCCAUUUCACCCUAAUAGUCUGCGUGGAUUGCAAAUGAUUCUAGAAAGUGACAGUUAUGCACCAAAUCUUCAUGAACUUGGUCACUUCAUCAUCCCGGUAAUGUGUGAUCUAGUAGCUCUCCAGUGGUUUAUCAUGGACAAAACUCAACAAGCAAGAGAAAAACUGAAAAGAAAGGAAGAGUUCAUACUGCUAGAAAAGAAGCUGAUCAAGGCUACCACGGAGAAAUUUUGUCUUCAAAGGUUAUAUAAAGAACCCAGUGUUUCCAGUGCACAAAUGAUUCAUUCAUGCAGCAAGCUACUGGAAGAAUCAUUGCCAUAUUUGCAAGGUAUGCAUCUCUGCAUUUCCCAUUUCUUUUCUGUUCUUCAAGAUGGAGACCUCUGCAUCCCUUGGAACUGGAAAAAUUGAGACUAAAUGAUACUGUAUUCAAUGUAAAAGAGAACAAAUGUUAUUU